AUGAUUUCCAACUUUCACGUAUCUAUUCUUUCCUUCCUCCUCCUAGCAACACAUGGAUCUAGCAGUCCCCUCUGCGGAAACACGAUCCGAUGGGUCAACUGCAGUGAACAUAUUCCUUCCUCGCUGAACCUGACGGGUGUGGAUCUUUCUGAUCUUCCGGAAUCUCUCCACUGUGGCCGGGUCGAUGUCCCAAUGGACUAUUCCAAGCCCAUGUCUCGGCACAACAUGAUCACUCUAGGCUUGGCCAUGUACCGUCCAGAGAACCCGAAGGGAGUUCUUUUUGUUAAUCCUGGAGGAACCGAUCCAGGAGUAGUUCUUGCCUGGCAAGCCGCUCUGAACCAGACAGACAUGUUUUCUGGUCUCAUGGACUAUGAUCUGAUGAUGUUGGAUGUUAGAGGAACCUACAGCUCAAACCCACUCAACGUAUCUCUUGAUGUCUUUGGGUCCAUACCAUCUGCGUACCCUCAAAAUGAGUCUGACUUCAAGGCCUAUCGCCAGGCAUCAAGAGCCAUGUUCCAGUCCUGGAUUGAUUUCAGCUCUCCCCCGGGAAUCGCUCAGUUCGUAGGAACGAGAGAGGUAGUGCAGGAUUACGAACAAAUCCGGCAGGCUCUUGGCUACGAUAAGAUCAAUUUCCUCGGAGCGUCAUAUGGUACAUACAGGGCUUGCCAAUAUGCCUUCACGUUUCCGGAUCGAGUCGGUCAUUUUGCACUCGAUGCCGUUGUACCUCACGGGAGGACUUUGUUUGACAAAGCCCAAGAUGGUAUCAAGGCACUCAACAGAGCUGUGCUUCGCGCAGACGCAUACUGCCAGAAGGACGAAAACUGUCCCUUCCACAAAGAAGGCCGUGGAAGCAUCCUUCGGACUUUCCAGAGAAUCAUCGCGGGUGUCCAAAAAGCAGAGAGCUCUUGCAAGGGUGACUGCUCCUCCGUAGUCUCUACUGCGGCAGUCCAGGCGUCCAUGUCUUCACUCUUUCAGGGCCAGCCGGAUUUCGGGGAGAUUAUUAACACACUUUCAAGUGCCAUGGUGGGAAAUUUCACAUCAUUGCUGUCUGGUUCAACAAUAUCUGCAGAGUUGGCAGUUGCCCUACCUCUUGAGUGUGGUGAUGUUGUUUACAACAAAUAUGAUUAUCUUGAUUUCAAGAAAUCUUUGGAAGCAGGACUUGCAAUUGACAACUCCACCAUUGGAAUGACCCAAAUCUGGCUGCUCCAACUCUACUGCUCUGGCUGGCCAUUUCACGUUUCUCCCGAAGUUGAAAUGCCGACCCCUGAGCGCAUGUUACUCGUGACAUCUGAUUUCGACGACGACUCCCCAACAGAAUGGACAUCCUUUGCCUGGGGUCAGAUUCCCAAUGCAGCUUUGGUUGACCGUCAUGGUGAUGGCCACGUCUCCUUUCUAGACCCUGGUCAUCACUCUACCAUGAUCACAAAGGAGUUUCUCCGCACUGGAAAGCUUCCGCCGGCGCAAGAUGAAACGCUUGUUUCGGUCUACUCGCCGGGUACGAUUCGGCCUCCUGUGUCUGAUCCUUACUUGGUUCCUAUUUAG